AUGGCGAUAGGGAUGGGGCUUGAGCAAAAUAAUUUUAUUUACUUUUAUUGGUUCCCUAAUCUAUUUCGACGCAAUUGCAUUAGUUAUUCAGAAUGAGAUUAAUGUUCGUUACAAGAUUGAGAGCGGAGGUUUCUAUAGUUUGAUGUAUGUUAAUUUCGUCAAGAAGCGCGAUGGGGUGCUUACACAGUAAGAAGGAAGUUUCAGAGAUGCAUCCAAACGUAUUUCGGGUGGUAAACAUAGACGAGAACGGGGUAGAUCUGUGUUCGGGGCAGCUGGAGAUAACCGACACGGAUAUUAUUCUGUACAGGGAAGGGAGGGACUCCACUGUUUGGCCUCUGCACUCUCUUCGAAGAUAUGGAUUUGAAGGCGAAAUAUUCAGUUUUGAAUCAGGAAGAAGAUGUGAGACAGGUGAGGGCAUAUACGGAUUUAAAUGCCGCAGAGCGUCAUUGCUUUUCCGGACACUACAGCAACACAUACAACUGCGAAACGUGAUCCACGACUCCGUGCCAUACCCCGUGACGCGCCUGGCCGGCUCACCCGCGCCAGCGCGCCAGACCCUCCAGGCCAGCGUCGUCCACCGCUCCUCCAUAGACAACAGUAUAGACAACACACACAUACCGCCCGCAGUUGCCCCCACAUUAACUACUGUAGUACCUCGCAACGUUACGCAAUCACCCCGAUCCCCAUCUAGCGUUGACAUCUUAGAGGUCAUGCCGCUAUACCCCCGUACGCAAGCGAGCACCAACCAUGUUACUAAUGUCUACCAAGUCAGAGACUUUAAGAGAGAACACAACAACAACCAAGCCGAAGCGACGGCGGAAGUACGACACGUUUACAGCAACGACUUGAAUAGAGAUCUCGCGAUACUAAGGAAUACUUUGCGUCAGGAAACCGUCAUUAAUACUAUGAGAGAUAUAGAAGAUGAGACACGGUUCCUUGAGAGCAGAUAUCUAAACGAUAAUAAUCCAGAAGCGGAGCAAGUGACGCCGCUAUCACCAACUUUCAGCAGUAGCAGCGAACAUUACGCGCAGCUCAGUAUAGAACAACAAGAAUCCGCCAGAUUAUACAUGAAUUUAGUCCCUUCCGACGUCCCGGACGCGAAUAAGAACGAAGGGCCGCCAUCGACGCCGCUAACCCCUAAACAGGCGGAAUACUGCAAUUUUUUACCUGUUAACAAAUCCGAGGCGAACACCUACGCAAACUUAGCUCUUGGCGAUAAAAACUCGAAAAUGCUGCGUUUCAACGCUCCCACAACGGAGCAUAGUCAAAAGUUUUCCGAAUCUGAUACCUUCCCAUCAUUAUCCCCGGUUGAGGAGCUAGAAGUGAAUUACGCAGUGCUAGAUAUAGACGGGAACAAGGAGGCCAGGCCGCGAGAGUUCGCGUCGCCGGAGAGUCAAUCCUACAACAGUUCGAGAAACGAGAGUACGGCUUCGUGUGCUUCUCAGGGGAGAGGGAGGUUGGUGUCGCAGGGCAGCGUGGAGCGCGGCGCGGCGCCGGCGCCGGCGCCCAGCGUGGGCUACACCACCAUCGACUUCGACAAGACCGUGGCGCUCACGUCCGUGGCGGCCGGCGACGUGGACGACGGCCAGCGCAAGCGCCACGACUCCACCAGCCCCAGCGGCACUGACAAGCCUAAGCUAAGUUUCGGUUAGAUAUUUAUACAGUGUCUGAUUUACACGUGACUAUAAGGCUUCGUCACACAGUGGCGGGUCACGCUCCCCGCUUCCGCGUCGUGCUCUCGCCCCGGUGUAGUGUGGCAGACUUAAUUGAUCCGGGUGUGUAUAUGUCGUCCACACACUGUGAAUGUAGCAUUAAUAGUUGAAAAACUACAAUUUAAAGUCCAAAAAGAGACUCAAAUAUCGAAGCAUAUAUCAAUUAUAAGUGGUGAUAUCCAAUGACUAGGUUUGAACAGAAGAUUAUUGCAUUUGUUCAGGUAGGUUUGACCAUAAGAGUUUGCCAAAUACAUACAUAAUAUUAAUCAAGUACCUCUGUGUUGCCAAAAUAUAUAUAGUAUUGUUGAGUAGGUGUACAAUAAUUUGACAUUUACCUAAUUGCAUAUAUUUUUAUGUAAACGGAUUGGCAGAAAGAAUUUUACAAUUUCUCAAACUGCUAUAGUAGUUAUACUUUAAUUAACCUAAUAUUCAGUACGGUAUACGAUCCAGACACAAAUGUCUACGUUUUACGUUCAAAAUAUUUUCUCCUGUUUAAAUAAAUAUUUGCUACGCGAUUUAAAUUCAAAGUUUGGACCUCUAUCUCUCUGGCUGUUGGAAUUUUUUACCGAACCUUUGGUACCCAAAAUAUUCAAGUCAACUACUGGGAAUAUUUUCCCAGUAUUAUUUCCAGAAAUUAUGGGAAAUUCGCACUACCACGAAAUUUUCUUUUGGAAGUGGAUAUUAUAUAUCGCAGUACUGCAGCAUUAGAUGCACAUAUUUCGGAUUGGAAGGGUAACUUUUGAAUUGAAAUACUUUUUUUUAACUAGCCUUUAUAGGCUCUACACUUUUUACUCUUAUGAUUGCCCCAAUGCUGGGUAAAGGCCUCUUUCUCGCCAUUUGGUCCUAUCCAAUGCCUCCCCCCCCCCCUCUUCACAAUAUGUAUCUAGGUCGUUCCGCCAUCUCCGUGUUGGUCUUCCUCUGCCCCGAGAUCCAUCCGGUGGGAUCCAAUCAAUUAAAAAACAUUUCGGGAAAAAAUAUUAUUCAAUAUCACUUUGAGCGGGGAAUCUUACUAGGCACGUAACCGGGAUAUUAUUACUUUAGCGGCACAUCGUUAGUUAUGAUUAUGAAGUUUGUUGUUGACCUUAAAAAUGGAGGCAUGCCUCUAUAGAAAUGACGCUCUUGUUGCAAUUCGCAAUGCAAGCGAGCUCAGAUAGUUUAGUAGCUAUAUAAAUAAGUGUUGUUUGCCAAAUUAGAGAGUUCGAUUUGUUGUGAAUUGAGAAUUGGUUAAUAGGCGGGUCCACAAAUAGGGACCUGCCUCUCGAGGAAAUUGCCGCGCGAAGAAGGUCUGAAGAUGUAAAGAUGAAGAGAGGUGCCCGAAGCGUGCCGCGCAGGCGUUUGCUUCGGGUGAGGCAAAUCUCAAGUCUCAAUUCAACAGACCGCGCGGCAAUUUCCUCGCAAGGCAGCUCGUACUGUGUGGGCCUGUCUAAUGUGGACAGUUUUUCUACAGGAAAGCUGCUACAUUCCAGUAAAAUGUUAUACCAUAUUUAGAGGCUUAUUGCAAUAUUUGUAGUAUUUAUAUUGUUCCUUUAUUUUGUAUUGAUAUUAUUAAUGACAUUACGUAAGUAGUUGAGAAAUUAAAUAAUAAAAACUAAGUACAUUUGACUUCCAAGAGUACAGGCUAUUUUUACUCUUAGAGUAUGUAAAAACUUGCAAUUUAUUUAAUGAAACUAUUAAAUAAUUAUAGGUUCGCGAUAAUUUAAGUUUUUUCUAAUUCUUACCAAUGCUUGCUCGUAAUAGUCUGACUCAGUGAAUAUUCAUAAGUAACAUAAUAGUUAUGAAAUCGGGUGCAAAUUUUCUUAUACCUAUAAAAAUAUUCUGAAAACAGACAUAUACAGGUCGACCUUAGCCUUUGGACAAACCCUGAAAUCCCACGUAGGGUUACUUCUCAGGAAUGCUGUAACGUUAUUGUUUUUUUAAUUAGAACAAAAAGUAAAAUUAAAAAAUUUCAAACAAAAAUUAAUUGCAAUGAUCGACAACAAAAAGAAUCAUACUGUAUGUUUUUGACUAUUUUUUCGAAAAUGUGCGGCAAUGAUGACAUUUGUCAAAAGUAAGAAUCUAAUUAAUGUCAUAAAUAAAAAAGAUAAUCCAUAAGGUCGAAGAAGUUUUCAUACUAUUUGUAACCUCAGGAGCUAUUAACACUAUAUAGUUAUCACCUCACACUUCAAAACAAAACAAAAACGAAAAUAGGCGAGUCUACACAAAACCAGCCUCCUCGCGAGGAAAUUGCCGCGCGAAGCAGCUCGGUCCAUCUAGACGUGCCUCGGGUCGGGUGAAUCAAACGCACUCGCCACCGCAAUGCCUCUGACGGCAAUUUCCUCGUGAGGCGGCUCGUUCUGACCCACCUAAUAUAUAUUAAUAAUAAUAAAUAAACUAUUAGGACACUUUAUAUUUAGCGAUAUGCAUCGUUAGUUACAUAAGUUAGUAAAGUUUUUGAUGUAUGUAAAUUGUACAGUGUAAAGUUAAGUGUAUUGUUGAACGGUGUAAGUAUAUUUAUGAUUGCACAUACCAAAGCAUUGUACAUUUGCAAUGUUGAUAAUUGUGUUCAUUUUAUUUUGUUGACAUAAACAUUACUUUGUCAAAAAGAUACCGGGCAUCAGUAUAACAUUCCCGGUACUUUUUUGACAUAAUGCAAUAAAUAAGUUUCAAAUUGGUAUAUGUAAAUAUAAAUAUUAUUAUAAAUAAAUGAGUAUGAGUAAAGUUUCAGGUACGAACAAGUAGACAAGAAUUAGGAUUAUCUGUAAAGAAAAAAAGUGACGUUUCGUAUAAAAAUGACAUUGGCGCUAACGUCCCGGUCUAUUAUAUUGGAGCAUUGACAAUAAAGCGCCUAAGGUUCCUUUUUAUACGGGCCGUCACAAACAUGAAUGUCUUAUAGACUAGACAAUUUAAUGUUACACGUUACGUAAUUCGUUACGAGGUAGAGGCCACAGGGCGAAGGAUGGGGUUACCUAUUUUAAAAUAAAAAUAUGUCACAAAUAAAAUUAAAGGCCUCUACAAACCUCCCGAUAAUUGCAUGCGACUUGCGUUACAUUGCGGUAUGUGAUCGAUCGAUUGAUUGAAAAUUAAAACCUACUUAGCCGGCAAUUAUCUAAAAUCGCAUGCGAUUUGAUGCUAGGUCUGUAGAGGCCUUUUUUACACAAAAAACAAACAAAGUUAUACAUUAUUAGGCCCAAAAAAUCGGACAGAUGGUAGCCCUAAUCAAUAGCUAGUAAAUGAGAGUUCAUUUCUCGACGACCUAGACCGACACUCGUUCAUAACCUCCUAAGGCCCAAGGUCCUACCUAUAGUACCUCUUCAGUUCGAUGAAAUUUAAAUCAUAUUCAAUUGGAACAGAGUCGCUUUUCCUUUGUUUCGUUUAAUUUUCCAACAA